AUGAGAGUAGCACGCAUUGCCCCCUCUCACCCCGCUAUCUUCAGCCUGCGGUUCACCCACACGCACUUCGGGGCACCCCCGGAGCCACCCCGAGCAGCGCUGCAUCCGCCCCGUGUCUGCCGGGGGCAGGCCUGGCCUCGGCCCACCCGCAGCAGCUGCGUGGCGAGCCCUGCGUCUGCCCCGCCGCCUCCGGCACCCGACGGCUGCCUCUUCUCCGGCUGCCUCGUCCAGCAGCGGCGGUCGUCACUUCAAACCCCUAGGCCGGGGGGGCUGCUUGGGAAGGAGCUCGGCUCGCCACCACGGGUGGCUAACGGAGGUGACUUGUCCUGUACAGCAGCUACCUCAUCGGCGGGUGAGGGCCGGACAAGAACUGCAGGAAAGCAGAUUUGCCGAGUGACGUGCUCCCAGGAAGCCAGCUCCUUCCCUGCUCCGUCCGCAGGACACGCUGCUCAGCACCGCGGUGACACGGGCACGUCCAGCCAGGAGAAAACUGCCCCCAGCCCAUCUCUACACUACUGCUCGCAUGAAAUUCGGGGAGAGAGAAUGGCAGCCGAGGAGGAGGAGGGAGAAAAGCCACCUUUGCCAGAAGGGGAACUAUGCUGGCAUACCCAGUGUUUGCCAGGGGGCCCAGGGACCAUCCCCUACACCUUGGCAUCCUCCCUGUCUGAGCAGCCGUGCCACUCAGUUCUGCCUAUGCAAUUGGGACAGCCCAAGUGCACGAUGCUGGAAAUCCCAGUGCCACCAGACAUGGGCCAGGGCCCCAGGGUGGGAAGAGGGACACAGCACCUGGGUAGCACCACCGGGCGGCUAAGUCACCGGGAAGACAAGAUCGGUUUAUGUUGUUUCUACUUCAGCCUGGGCAGGGCUAGACUACAGCAAGUCUUGACAACCCUCCUUGUUCAAACACAGGUCUAUUUGCUUUAAUUAAGGUAAGCUAGGGAAAGAGUUAAAACUAUGAAAUUGUUGACUGAGAAUGCAUCUAUGCCCUAGUUUCCCUCUGUACUGCUCUCAUAGUACCCCCACCUGGAUAUUUCUUCUAUUAAAUACUUUACAUUUAGAGAGAGGAAGGGGUACUGAGGGUCUCAGCCCCACCUUCCAAUUUGGGGGACUGCUGUAACACACAAAACAAUGUCCCGUGCUAAUAUUAACCACGGGAAUUCAGCAGGCAGCCUCCAAACCACUAAUCUGAGCAUAAACCAGCUAUACCUCUGAGCAGCCCCACAAAGGCAAAGCAGGGGUAUUCACCAUCACUGACCUAGGUACACUUAUUGAAGUGUUAGUUGGGAAAUGCUACAGGUUCUUAACGUCGUUGUCUCCUGAAUGGUAGCAAAUCCAUACGUACAACGAUCGAGAUAGGUGUGCAAUCUGAUUGCUUUUAUUGAGUAAUAGUCUGAUAGCUACAAUGGUGAAUUAGAAGAAGAAGAAGAAGAAGAAAAAAAACACAAAAAACCAAUC